CCAACAGUGAACGUUUCUGUUAAUUUUAUCUCAGUCGGUCAGUGGAGUUGCUUGAGUGAUCUGACGAGGUUGGGACACUGCGGGCCUCAUGGACAGCAGUACACCAAAAAAGGCGUACGAUGCUGAAAACCUGAGUGAGAGCUUGAGAGUUAUAGAAUAUCUGGAACAGCUGCGUCUCUCAGCAAUCAGAGGAAACCUGGAUGGAGUUCGAUUAGCUUUGGAUGAAGGUAUUUCCGUUAAUCAAACAUUGAAAGGAGGAUGGAGUCCCCUGUUGUUUGCUGCUUCAAUGGGACAUCCUGCAGUUGUGGAUUACCUACUGCAACAGGGAGCUGACCCCCAUUUCCACAAAGAAAAAUUCACAGCGCUUAUGGCGGCAUGUGCAUCAACUAGAGAAAAUGAGGAUAAAUUGGUGCGCUGUGUGGAACUGCUGAUUGAGAAUGGUGCAGACAUUGAUGCCAUGGAACGACACCGGAUAUCCGCCCUUAUGUUUGCCGCUAAGGAAGGUCAUGUCAAGGUAGUUGCCAAAUUCAUCCAUUACAAAUGCGCCCUCAAUCUGCAGGAUAGCCAAGGCUGGACUGCGCUUUUCUGGGCAGUGAACCAGGGAAAAUCGAAGGUGGUCGAAGUUCUAGUUGAAGCUGGAGCCAGGGUUGACAUCACAGACAGAAGAAAACAAACAGCGAAAGAUUUGGCUUUCAGUAAAGGAUUGGACGAGAUACUGAACAUAUUCCAGAAUAAGCCCAAUUUGAAAACCAGUCCUGACUUGAAGGAUGACAGCUCGAAAGAAGGCAGCCUCAUGAAAUACCAGUCGAUGAUGAGUAAUGACUUACUAUUCGAUUUGAACGAAAUGAAUAAUAUAUUCGAUGAGAGGUACGAGAAAAAUGUUAGACUAGUAGGUUCCAUGAAAGAGGUACGGUCAAAGCAUUUUAAAAAGAGACAACUAACUAAGGAUCAAAACUCGAACUGCGUUUACGUUCCAGAAAAAGGAAAAGAAAUUCUUCCCUGGAACACGCCAUAUAGUCUUGGAGAUGCAGUUUUACUGAUGAAGACAACAAUGAAGCACCUGGGAGUGUUGUACUCGGGGACUUCGUAUGUGAGACUCAGACUGCAGGGUAAAGCUGUCGAUCUCCCUAUUGAGAAAAAGUAUACGGAUGCUGGUACUCUCCAAUCGAUCAUUGAGAAAGCUCUGCGCCAGGCGAGAAUUUUAGAGGAUGAACUUCGAUUUCUACACGAGCAUGUCAGAAAGCUAAGUGAAAAUGACCGGAUUAUUCCAGCUGAUGUGAUAGUAGAAAAGAGGACGCCCAACUACCUCAGGUGGACAUCAGUUGUUCUAGUAUCAGCAAUUGUACUCCUAGCAUAUAGACAAAGAUUCAGCAUUUACAACUUCUCCACAAUACAUUAGAUCCUAAAAUGUUUAUAAUCAUUUUUCUAGAGAUGUAUACAUUGUUAUCAAUAAUAAAUCUUAAACAAAAUAA